AUGGCGGCGGGCGGCGGGUGGCGGCGCGGCGGCGGCAGCGGGGUCCGCUCGGUGCUGCUGCUGCCGCUGCCGCUGCUGCUGGCGCUGCCCGGCGCCGCCGCCGCUGCCGCCGCCGCCGUUGCCGUGACCCGGACGGGGCCGCCGGACGGGGCCAACGUGGUGCUGGGGAUGCGGCUGGAGGAGAGCACGAAGCCGGUACCGGCGGCUCCGUCCCGCGGGCCUAUCCGUGUGACAGAGGGCAGCGAGCUGCUGCUGCGCUUCUACGGGCAAGGGCUAGGCCCGGGCACCGGGGAACGGGUGGCGUUCGCCGAGCUGCGCCCGGCCGAGAACGGUUCUGCCCCGAACGGCUCCUGCUCCUAUCGCACCCAGGACGUGGUGGUGCAGCCGGGCCCCGCGGAGCUCUUCGACACCUCGGCCCUGCUCCGGGUGCGGGUCCGCGCCCUACGGAAGGGCGAGAAGGUAAAGACCUACGUGUUAUGCACGCAGCGCCGGGCCGACCAGGCCUGGCUGCCCCAUCCCGACCCCGACGGCUGGCUCAUGGUGCUGGAGGAGAAGAAGUCGUUGUUGCCGUUGUGGCUUCAGGUGAUCCUGAUCGUUUGCUUGCUGGUGCUAUCGGGCAUCUUCAGCGGGCUCAACCUGGGCCUCAUGGCGCUGGACCCCAUGGAGCUGCGCAUCGUGCAGAACUGCGGCACCGACACCGAGAAGCGCUACGCCCGUCGGAUCGAGCCCAUCCGCCGCAAAGGGAACUACCUGCUGUGCUCCCUGCUGCUGGGCAACGUGCUGGUCAACACCACCCUCACCAUCUUCCUCGAUGACCUCAUCGGUUCCGGCAUCGGCGCCGUCGUCGCUUCCACCAUCGGCAUCGUCAUCUUCGGCGAGAUCGUGCCCCAAGCGCUCUGCUCUCGCCACGGGUUGGCCGUGGGCGCCAACACCAUCGUGGUGACCAAGUUCUUCAUGCUGGCAACGUUCCCCCUCUCCUACCCCAUCAGCAAGCUCCUCGACUGCGUCCUGGGCCAGGAGAUCGGCACCGUUUACAACAGGGAGAAGCUGGUGGAGAUGCUGAAGGUGACGGAGCCUUACAACGACCUGGUGAGGGAAGAGCUCAACAUGAUCCAGGGAGCCCUGGAGCUCCGCACCAAGACGGUGGAGGACGUGAUGACCCCAUUGCAGAACUGCUUCAUGAUCAACAGCGACGCCAUCCUGGACUUCAACACCAUGUCGGAGAUCAUGGAGAGCGGCUACACCCGCAUCCCCGUCUAUGAGGAGGAGCGCUCCAACAUCAUGGACAUCCUCUACGUCAAGGACUUGGCGUUCGUUGACCCCGAUGACUGCACCCCGCUCAAGACCAUCACCAAGUUCUACAACCACCCCGUGCACGUCGUCUUCCACGACACCAAGCUGGAUGCCAUGCUGGAGGAGUUCAAAAAGGGGAAAUCCCACCUGGCCAUCGUGCAGAAGGUGAACAACGAGGGCGAAGGGGACCCCUUCUACGAGGUGCUGGGGCUGGUGACGCUGGAGGAUGUCAUCGAGGAGAUCAUCAAGUCGGAGAUCCUGGAUGAGUCAGACACGUACACCGACAACCGCAGCAGGAAGCUCGUCAACAACCACAAGGGCAAACGGGACUUCUCGGCCUUCAAGGACCCCGUUGGGGAGCAGAAGGUGAAGGUCUCCCCGCAGCUCCUCUUGGCCGCCCACCGCUUCCUCUCCACAGAGGUGACGCUCUUCACCCCCACCUACAUCUCAGAGAAGAUCCUCCUGCGGCUCCUCAAGUACUCCCAUGUCAUCCAGGAGCUGAAGUUCGAUGAGGGCAACAAGAAGGCCCCACGCCACUUCCUCUACUGCAAGAACAAAGCAGCCGACUACUUCACCCUCAUCCUGCAGGGCAAGGUGGAGGUGGAAACGGGCAAGGAGUGCAUGAAGUUUGAAGCAGGAGCGUUCUCCUACUAUGGGGUGAUGGCCAUCAGCCCCUCUCCUACUGAGAUGCGCUCCCCAUCCCACGUCAGCAGCCUCAACCACUCAGCAUCCCUCAACUACCACGAGCGCUCCGACUCCAUCUCCUCGCCCAUCAGCGGCAGCACCACCCAGCUCAACACCAGCACCAGCGCCCAGUACGUGCCCGACUUCAGCGUCCGCGCCCUCACCGACCUCCAGUUUGUCAAGAUCAUGCGCCACGAGUACCAGAACGCCCUGACAGCCUCCCGUAUGGACAGUUGUCCCCAGUCCCCCGACAGCAACUGCCCCAGUGCAGACACGGACGCACCGGAGAAACCAGAACCUCCCAGUACCGCCGACGAGACCACGAGCCUCCUGAACAAGAGGAACUGCCUGAGCCGGCGGAGCAACCACAGCCUCUUGGAAAACUCCAUCUGACCCCGGCCCUACCGGCACGGGCUCGGUUUUAGGGGACCCUAAGUAGGUGACACCGUGCCGGGGCGCCCGGAGAAGCCAGGUUGAACCCG